AUGGAUGUUCAAACGGAGGUUGUUAAUCAGUCAUUGGGAGCUUUGCUUAGAAGCUUGGUGGGUGAACACCUCAAGUCAUGUUACCAGCAGUUGUACCAAGCUGAGUUUGCCUACAAUCCAUCUGUCAACUGGAGCACCAGCCUUAGUUUGUUCACCAUCAUCUAUGGGAGUAAUCCACGGGCACCACUGGAUUUAGCACCUCUCCCUGAUUUAAAGCGAAUAGACACCAAGGCGGAGGACCUUAUUGUACAUAUACAAGAGGGCCACAAGUUAACCAUCAAGAACCUAGAAGAAUCAAAGGCAAAGUACAAGGUGGAUGCAGACAAGAAGCGGCGUGCUUUGGAAUUUGAAGAAGGUGAUUUUGUAGCUGCUGGGAAUGCUCUUAGUGAGUACAAUAAAUUAGCGGCUCGCAACAUUGGUCUGGUAGAGAUUGUGAAGAAGAUCAACCCCAAUGCUUAUCAUUUGAAAUUGCCCAGCCACAUCAAGACGUCUGAUGUUUUCAAUGUCAAGCAUCUUGUGCCAUUUAUGAAAGAUUCGUCGGAGGAGGAUGCGAAUUCGAGGGCGAAUUCUAUUCAACCUGGGGAGAAUGAUAUAGACUACAAUGCUAGGGAGUAUAUGUGGAAGACCCGAAUGGAUGAUUGUGUGAAGACGCCCCAAAAGAUGGUGGCACGAUCCUAA